AUGUCAUGCCUCACGUCGACAUCUUGUUCAACCAGAAAAACCGAGCCAGCGCAAGUUAAAACGGCUAUCGAUAAUUAUGAAAAAUGUAUUGUCGAUAUGAGAAAUAAAAUUGACGACAUAAUAAAUGAAGCCAAAAGUAUUUGCACUGAACCCCAAGGCAACAAAAGGAGACGACGUAAUAAUAACACUCACGAUCACCGAGUUGCCGCAUUAGAAGUAUGCGACAAUAUAGUGAAUUCUGCAAAUGACAGAUUUCAAGUCAAAGAUCAUUUGGUAGCCGCAUCCCUUUUUUUCCCGAACACUUUGGAGAAUACCGUGGGCCCCCUGCCCUCCCCCUCCUGGGAUUCUAUAUUCGUUACUGAUUCGUUAGAUCAGACGGACAUGAAAAAAGUUGAAAUGGACGAAGUGAAAUUUGGCUCCAUUUUAUGA